UUAUAUAAAAAUGUACCACUUAUUUUGACAGUUGACGUCAAGUUUACCAAAAUUUACAGUGUGAUGGUGUGUACUCUUAAAAUUAAUUAAUCUUAAUUAUGAAUCAAAAGCAACAAGGAAAACCUAUUAAUAAAAAAGGACGUCCGAUUGCCGUUGCAAAUAAUGGCAUAGAACCAAGGGUCAUGGAAUCACCAAUAACAGAGAUCGUUGAAGCAAGCGACUCCAAGAGUUCUCAAGAAGAAUCAAAGGUAGACCCCGUCGAAGAUAUUCAAGAACAGUACGAAACCACUGAAGCUUUUAAAUCAGAAGUAGAGAGAUUCAUAGAAAUAUCGAAAUAUUUUUCGAGCCCUUUGAGAAAAACUGCGUCUUACGUCUGCGAAAAUAGUCUAGUAUCUUAUCCUAAUCCGUAUCGUAUAGAAUACAAGCGGGGCAGCGUAACAACAGAGCACAUAAAGUUCAGCAAUUUAACUCUAGAACCGGUAUACAUAAAGCUAUAUAAGCUCGUACCAGAUUUAGAACAGCUUAAAUAUAUCAAUCUUUCACUAUCGAGAUGUAAAAGAAUACCACCGGGACUGUCUUUCAAUUUGGGUUUUGUAUAUGACGACUUGAACGAAAAGCCUCCGUGCAAUGCGAAAAUGGUGUUUGUGGCUUCACGAAAAACGACUACACCCUGUUAUCAGAUAUGCGAAAUUGAUUUACAAAUAAGCGCUCAGAAGGUUCCGCUUGUAACUGUUUAAUUUAUUAUUUUUACAACAUACCUAUUUAAAUACUAUUUCAGAAAUAAAACAUACGUUUCAUUUUCUUCGU